UCCAUCUCCCCGUACCUCACUUCCCCCAACCGCUUCACAAUUCACUCUCCUUCUCGUCUGGAGUGCUACGUCCACCUCUCAGAUUUUGAUGUCCUCUCGUGUUCGGGCCGCUGGACUGUGCCAUGGUGGCAGGACUGGAGCUGCCACUGGACUGAGGCUGCAGCUGGAUGGAGGUCUGGGUCUUGGGCUAAUCUUGGAAAAGAGUGCUGAUGUUGGUUCAGGGCUGGAAAUGGGACGAGCUGGAGCAGGAGGUUCAUCACCAACGUGUCCUACUGACAUCAUGAGCCAAACCAUCACACGGAGCACUGACUUGACCCCGUUAUCUGGGUCAGCCUUAAUGGCUGCUGAUGGUAGCUUUGGCCUAGUGGGCUGUGAGUGGUUGGCUGGGCUUAUCUCCAAAGUGAAAGAGCUGCAGGAGGAGAAGGUCACCCUGGAGGCGAGGCUGACUCAGCUGUGCGGAGGAGUGUAUGCCACAGCAGUGGAUAAGGGUGCUGUGGUGAGUGUGAUGGAAAAGGAGGACAAGCUGCUGGAGAGUCGUAGGGAGAUGGAAUGUCUGGUUCUGGACACAGUCAGACUACAGAGAGUUCUAGAUAAUAUCAGAACAAGUGCACUCCAGCUUAAAGCCAGAUACGAUGUUGAACGGGUAAUCAGGUUCCAGCUGGAGGCCGGCAUUGCUGCUAUGAAGAAGGAUAUUGAGAUGACAUCAAGGGUGCAUCUGAAGCUAGAGGCUAAGAGAGCACAACUGUGGAAGGAGCUGUGUUUCAUCACCAAAGUCCUGCAGGAGAAGAAGAAGACUCAGAGAGGCAGUCUGGCUCUUCUGCCGCCUCUCUUGUCUACUGAACUGACUGCAGCCUGUAGAAGGAAACUACAGACCCUUUUAAUACAGCUACACAACCUUAUCAGCGUGAACCGAAGCUUAAGGCGGAGUCUGGCUGAAGCUCGGUCUCGGGCGACCUCAAUAGCUUCCAGGUACGAGGCUCAGAUUGCUGGGCUAGAAGCUGCGAUUGAGGCAGCAAAAUGUGACCUGCAUGAAGAGAUCAUGAGCCACAAAGAGCUGCUGGACAUGAAGCUAGCCCUUGGGGCUGAAAUCGCCACCUACUGGUCACUCCUGGACGGGGAGGAGCUGAGCUUCCCGAUACAGGCCAGCCGCAGUUCGUCCCCACUCUACCUAUCAGAGUCACCGCCAGCUUCUACCAGAAGCUCCUCCCCUCUUAAUCCUGUCGAGGCUGACAUCACUGUGGAGGCCCGAUCUGAAUGCUGGAGCCAGUGACUGUAACCAAUGAAACAACCUUAGCAGGAAGGUACUGUCCAUUACUAAGAUGUUGUGCAUGCUGUAAACUGGACAUCGUCUACUAGCACUGUGCCUUUUCCUGAUGUGCAUCUUCUUCCUGGAGUACUUUUGAUAUUCACUUUGAGCAUGUAAUAAAAAACCUACAAAAAAUAUAUUGCUUUCUCAAACAGGGACUGUAGUUUAAAGUAUUUAUAGGUUGUCAUUAACAUACACUUAUGUCUUUUGUCAUUAGCAAGUUUAUAUGAUUAAAUAAAAGAUAGAUAAAUGGUCAAAUUA